UGUACAUGGCAAGACCGUAUUACAUCAUAUUAACAACAAAUAAACAUCAACAUAGUGAUUUCAUUCUUAUCACAAAGUCAAAUGAGCGAGUCGAGUCUCAUUUUAAAACACGAUGGUAGAAAAAAUAGCCGUGGUCACCGGCUCCAACAAAGGCCUUGGAUUUGCUAUUGUGAAGGGAUUGUGCAAGAAAUUCAAAGGGACGGUGUAUUUGACAGCAAGAGAUAAGAUUAGAGGAUUGGAAGCCGUUCAAAAACUGAACAACGAUGGCCUAUAUCCACAAUUUCACAUUCUUGAUGUAAGUAACAGUGAAAGUGUCAAAGAAUUUGCUGAUUUUCUGAAAGCAACCCAUGGUGGAUUGGAUGUUCUUGUCAAUAAUGCAGCUAUUUUGGAGUGGGAUGAAAUUUAUCCGAGUUACGAAGCGGCCAAAAGAAACAUAGAGGUAAAUUACAAAAGUUUAUUGAAAAUCGAAGAGUAUCUAUAUCCGUUGUUAAGAGAUGGCGCUAGAGUCGUUAACAUUUCGAGCUCUUGUGGACAUUUAUCUAACUUGAAGAACAAAAACUGGAUUGACAUGUUUCUCAAAAAGGAUUUAAAGGAACACGAGGUUAAUAAAUUUGUUGAAGAUUAUUUGGAGAGUGUAAGAAACGGGACAUUUGAUAAGAAAAACUUUGCUGAUGGCGGGAAACACGCCGAGCAUAGAGUAUCAAAAAUUGCCGUCACAGCGUUAACUUUUAUUCAGCAAAGGAAAUAUGCUGACAAGAAUAUUUCCAUCAAUGCUGUGCAUCCGGGACAUGUUAAAACUGAUAUGGCUAAUGGUGGUGGAGAAAUAGAUACUGAUGAAGCAGCAGAAGUUGUUUUGUACCUCAUUCUCGAUGCUUCUCCGAAUUUGAAGGGCGCUUUUGUUUGGCACGACAAGAAACUGAUAGACUGGUACGAUCCUGAGGGUGAUUUUUAUUGCACCGGAAUAUGGUGAUGAUGUCUGCUGACACACAAAGCAAGAAAAAUUAAAUUUGAUAUGCUACAAUAAACGAUACCCUUGAUUUUAAAUGA